AUGAAAGCCUGUCCGUCCCCCUGCCGGGUGGACGAUAUUCUCGAUCUUCUGCUCCUUUUCCGGGGAGGCAGGCGACUGCCACUCCUCACAUUCCUCCGUCUCCUGGGCAAAUUGACUUCUGUUGCAGCGGUGGUCCCGCUGGGUUUGUUGUCGCUGCGGCCCCUGCAGAGGUGGCUCAACAGCUUCCACCUGGACGCCAAGUGGCAUGGGCGGAGGAGGAUCGUUGUGUCGUGCCAGUGUCUUCUGGCCCUAGCUCAGUGGAGGGACAGGGCCUAUAUCUCAGGGAGUGUCCCCAUGGGGUCUAUCCCAUCCUGCAGGGAGAUCGUUUCCACCGACGCCUGCCUGUCAGGCCGGGGCGCGGUGUGA